GACUGCACCAAUUUGUGAUUGACGAUGCAAUGAUGCUCAUUCCAUCUCAAGGUAGUGUCGGUGUUAGAUUUUGUUUCCGGUUCAACAUAGCAGGUGCCGCUCGCUACCUACUGUUGUCUCAUGGAGCUGAACGGAACCGUGAAGGCCUUCAACCCGCACAAAGGAUGGGGCUUUGUGGAAUGCAACGGACAGGACAUGUUCCUUCAUAAGAAAGACUUGAAGGGCUUCUGUCCAGCAAAGGGAGACCAAGUGAAGUUCACCGUCGGCCAGACUGAGAAGGGAGCUGUUGCAGAGAACGUGACGGUGGUUGCCCAGCCAGAGGAGACCGGAUACUACGGGCAGAUCAAGAGCUACAACCCGAGCAAAGGCUUUGGCUUCAUUUCGUGCGAGGCAUUCCCUGAUCAAGAUGUCUUCGUCUUGAGGUCAGAACUUCCGGGUGGCUUUGGCCCUGAGGGAAGUCCGUGCAAGUUCAGCGUGUCCAUGGAUGAGAAGGGCCCUGCAGCCAAGAAGGUGAUGCUUCUGGGAGCUGCAGGAAGCCAAAUCCAGCAGAUGAAGAUGAUGAUGGGAUACGGCGGCUGGGGCAAAGGUUUUGGGAAAGGCUAUGGCAAAGGUGGUGGCGACAAGACCUGCUGGGACUUCAAGAAGAAUGGAAGUUGCCCCAGGGGAAACGCAUGCAAGUUCGAGCCAUGCUGUCACUCAACAGAAGCCUGAGGACUUUCUGUCCCAAUCGUGCAGAGUGUCCAUUGGGUUUGAACAUUUCUGUGGAAGUUGGUUUGACCUUCGUUCCGUGUAUAACAAGUUUGAAACGAGUAGCCUGGUGUUGAUUCCUCGACUUCGGAGUGACGGGAAAACAA